AUGGGCGCGCUGCCGCGGACCGCGCUGGCGCUGACCGCGCUGUUGGGUGUCUCCUCGGCCGUGCUGGAGGUGCACGUGGGAACGGGCUCCGUCUUCUCCGUGGAGGGGCAGCAAGCGGUGCUGCCCGCCUGGUACACCAGCCGCUCCCAGAAGAAGCCCUACGUCACCUGGCUGCUGGACAAGGAAGAUGCCGACCCCUUCCAGAUCCUGACCUACCUGGACGGGGUGGUGAAGGUGGAAGAGACGGAGCUGAAGCCCCGCGUGGGGUUCCUGUACCCCGUCCUCACCCACAACAUCUCGGUCUUCAUCAACGCCACGCGGGAGCGCGACUCGGGCCAGUACAUGUGCACCGUCAACGUGGUGGACGAUAUCACCAGCACGGGGAAGAACAUCGGCGUCAUCAACCUCACCGUCUUGGUGCCACCGGCUGUCCCCGCCUGCCAGCUGCACGGCAACCCCACCGUGGGAGCCAACGUGACGUUGAGCUGCACCUCCAAGAAGGGGAAACCCUCGCCCGCGUACCAGUGGCAGCGCACGGCCCCCACCCUGCAGGUCUUCUUCCCCCCCGCCCAGGACCGGGCCAGGGGCACCCUUAAGCUGACCAACCUCUCCCUGGACAUGUCGGGUCUCUACGUCUGCAUGGCUGAAAACCGAGCGGGUUCGGCCGAGUGCAGCAUCGUCCUGGAGGUGCACUCAACUAGCACCAAAGCUGUCAUCGCCGGCGCUGUGCUGGGCUCCCUGGGUGCCCUCGCCACUGUCGUCUUCUUCGCCCGGCGGGUCGUCGGCUACCGGAGGAAGAAACGUGAUGGCCAGGAGGAGGCAGCCAAUGAGAUCAAGGAAGACGCCGUGGCCCCCAAAACUCCCUCGUGGGCGAGGAGCCCCGCUUCGGACACCAUCUCCAAAACCAGCACCUUGUCCUCCAUCGCCGGCACCCGGGAGAAACCCUACGGGGCCAAACCCCCCUCCGACACCGCCUCCAUCCUCACCGCCACCGGCAGCUACCGGGGACCCCCACCUCGGGGAGGGGGACGCACCCCCAACCUCUCGCCUCCCACCGUUAACGGGGCCCCCCGGCGCCGCCAGGAUCCGGCCGCCCCCCCGGCAUCAUUGCCCCCCUCCAGUUUGGCACGGGCGGGUGCCGUCCCCGUCAUGGUGCCGGCGCAGAGCCGGGCUGGCUCCUUGGUGUGAGCCCCCCCGCCCCGCAAAAAAAAAAGGGGUGCCCAUAGCCAGCAGCCCCCCCCACACCCAUUUUCUGGGGCGUUUUUUUCCCUUUUGGGGUUUUUGGGGUUUUUUUUCUUUUAAAAGACGCCUCGAGCAGCUGGACUCGUCGUGGGGUUGUUUAAUAGGUGCGGGAGGCUUCUCAGGUUUGGGGGGGCUCCCUGGGUUUUGGGGGGGGGGGGCAGUCUCC